CCCGGAAGUAGUUAGCAAUCAGCUACAGUUAGCUGUGUGGUUCAUGUUGUGAUUAAAGGACGCUAAAAAACAAAAUGUCAGAGCAUCCGAUUACAGUGACAGUUGCAUACGGAUCUACUAAACACAGCAUCACAUUAACUGGCCAGGGUGAUGGCAAGGGCCCCACUGUCAAAGACCUGUCAGAUGCUCUCAAUCAAGCUACUGGAGUUCCACAAACCUCACAGAAACUCAUCUUCAAAGGGAAAUCUCUGAAGGAUGUGGAGGAGAGUCUGUCCAGUUAUGGAGUAAAAGAAGGCUGCAAACUCAUGUUGAUUGGAAAGCGGAACAGUCCUGAGGAAGAGGCUGAACUGAAGAAGCUGAAAGACAUCGAGAAAUCUGUGGAACAGACGGCUAAAAAGCUUGAGAAGGUAGACGGGGAGUUGACUGGACUCAAGAAUGGGUUCCUGGCCAAAGACCUCCAGGCAGAGGCGUUGGGUAAACUAGACCACAGAGUGAAAAUAGCAGCUGAACAGUUCAUGAAGAUCCUGGAGCAAAUCGAUGCUUUGUCUCUCCCAGACAAUUUCAAUGACUGCAGACUGAAGAAAAAGGGACUUGUAAAGACAGUGCAGGAUUUCCUGGCCCAGUGUGACAAGAUGGAGGCUUGUAUAUCAGACCACCUAUCAAAGAUCCAGUCGAAAAAUCUUGCUCUGGCGGACUAGAGCUAAAAGGUCUACCAUAUCAUGUGAUAUACAUUGCUCUGUGAGCAACUGCAAAGUGUACAGGCGGCUUCAAGUGUGGAGCAGCUCCUUGUCUAUUUAUUGUUGGUGUGAUAUGUAUGAAAGAGCACUCGUCACAGAGAACCCUGUGAACAGAAGGAGGCUGGUUAUUGGCGCUGACGCUGGGUACAUCUGGGAUACGUUCUCCUUGAGAUAUUGGAACCACAGUCACUCUGAGAAAAGGAACAGAUGUGCUUUAAAUUGUGACAAAUUAAAUAGAUCCCCUUAUAGCAUCUAAAACUAGUGCUGAAUAGAACUGCCACGGCCAUCAAAUUAUCCACAAUGUCGGAAAGCUGUUAAGAUUCUCUAGUUCAUCAAAAUGUACAAUAACAGAACAGAAAUCAUUCUCAUUGUGAUGUGCCACGUGUCGAGUGCCCCUUAUCUCAGUUUGUAUGCACAUGGCCAAAAGUAUGUGGACACCCAAACAUUAAUAAAAAGGAUUUUCGCUGGAUUUUAGGACCUGGUUGCAGGGCUCAUCAGUAACAUCAGGCACUGAUGCUGGGCGAUAAGGCUCAUACUCAGUGCGCCACUUUAUUUCUGUAGUAUUGGAUAGGGUUGAGGACCUGGCUCACCAAAUUGGGAAAACCAUUUCUUCACUGUCGUAACAGGAAAGGGUCCUCUGCCACUGUUUAAUAUACAGUUGCAUAAUGUACAGUUGCUGGAUAAAUUAGUUGAUAUUAAUCAGAAACUAUUUUGAUAAUCAUUUAAUGGUUUGCCUUGUACAAAAAUCCUAAAGAUUCUCGCUUGCUGCUUUUCUUCACCAUAUGUAAUAGUAAACUGAAUUUUGGGUGGUCACUAUCGUCUGACAUUUCAUCCACCAAAGGAUUAAUAAAAUUAAUUGAGAUAAUAAUUGUUAGUUGCAAAACUAGUCCACACAAUAAAAGAUAGCUCAAGAAGCACACAAUGCUGUACGCAUAAUUUUGGCCAUAUAGUGUAUGUGUGCAUUAUUCUACAUUGAGAGUCAGCACCAGCCAGCACCUUUUGUUAAAUCCAUUAGUGUGAACUGUUGAAUUGGUAUUGUUUAAACAUCACUAAGACUGGCACAUAUCUGUUCUUUUUGUUUGUUUUAAAAUAAAAUCUUAUUGAAAAGUGAA